UGCUGGUGGUGACAGUCUGCCAUAUUAGUAUAUAGAAGAUGUUAGGAAUGGCAAGUAAAGGUCUAUGUGUUUAUAAAUGUUUGCAGAACUCCCAGCUUCAUCAGACAUGGUCAUUUAUGUCCAGAGUUAUCAGCUCGCUAUCAGGAAGUUGUCAGCUAUACAGUUCCAGCAGUUUUAAGCAUGCAUUUUCCUGGACCCCGUCUCUGCUGCAAAGUCAGCCAGGACACCCAAGAACAUGCUGGUGGACCGGGGUAUCAGCUAAGUUUAUUAACCCACGUCUGCCUAGUAAAACAUGGAUCCAGAGUAUUCACUGCACAAGUACAAGACACCUAGAAAAUACCAAAAAUGCAAGCUUGAUAGAUGAGGCUACUUAUGAAGGACUUGCAGAGGAAACCCUUGAUGCAUUAGCAGAAUACUUUGAAGAUCUCUCAGAAAAGCCUUUUACUACUGCAGAGUAUGAUGUUACAUUUAUGAGUGGGGUACUUACAAUAAAAAUAGGAGGAGAACAUGGAAUAUAUGUGCUAAACAAGCAGACACCAAAUAAACAAAUAUGGCUGUCCUCUCCAACCAGCGGGCCGAAACGUUAUGACUGGACGGGCAAGAACUGGGUGUAUUCGCAUGAUGGAAAGAGUUUACAUGACCUUCUUACAAAAGAAUUCUCUGCGAUUUUUAAUACCAAGAUAGACUUGUCUAGUUUAAUGCAUUCUGGACUGGAAAACACCAAUUGAAACUUCAACAACAAACAAAUUUUUAACAGAGGAUGAUUUAAGACAAUAUUGUAAGUGGAGCUGGGUAAACUUGUACAAUGACUGUCUUUCCUUGGUGCUCUUCUGUACACUUUCUACACAAAGCAGCGCCAUUUCCAUGGUGUAACCUUUCAAGCCAGUCAAGAUUAAACAAACAAAGCUGAUGAUGAGGCAUACAUUCUGUAAAGUCCUUUGAGAUACCAUGGUAUGAAAGACUCUGUACGAAUACAAUAAAUAAAGCUAUUUACCUCUUAAAAUAAA